AUGCAGCUAUGUAGGUAUGCUGGGUGCAUGUAUCGAGGGUCUCGUCGGGGUAUCGUUUAUACGGAGGGCUCUGGAAGAUUUCAGUACACCUUUGCGAUCUUUCUGGCGAAGCUUGAAGGGCACUCCGCCGUUGUAGAACUUUUAGAAACGUAUCGGCAAUGGACAGGAGACGAUUGGGACAUCCUGCUUGACCUUGAAGAAGAACACGAAAAGGAUCAUUCUAAAAUAGACUCUAAGACAGAUUCUAAAGCGGAUAUCAUCAAUGAGCGAGCAGGCUCUGAUAGCAAUGCCACAGCACCGGUAUUCGCGGGAAGCGACCGAGACUACGACACAGUAUCACUUCAUUCAAACGAUCAGGCGCAAAUCGACCCCCUUGUUAAAGGAGCUCCCGUUGAUGCCAGACUGUUAGAGGAGCUUCAAGCACCAGAUUCAGAUUCAGAUAUUUUGGUACCUUUUCACCCAGCCCAGGUUGAUCAGACAGAUAUUCAACCAGGGCCACAGAGUGAGACCAGCGAGGAACAGGAGAGACGCCAGGAGAUAUUGGAUGACAUUCUGGGAGAGAGAGAGGCCCAAUUUCGCCCCGUGGGAUGGGCAUGGUAA